GAAGGUCUCCUUAUACUAUUUUAUUUACGCCCCCCAACAUUGUUCCCGCUCAACGCGUUGGGCUACUCCAUCUUCCUAUGGACUCCGAGAGCAAGCCUAGUUGGCUAUCCAGGCUCGCCAGUGAAGCGGAUUCCGAAGACACACUCCUUGCGACAGGCAAAAAAUCCCGGACGAUGACUCUCCGCCAGCGACGCCGUUGUCUUUUAGCUACUUGCAUAUCUCUUGCAGCGAUUUCAUUGACUGGGUUUCUAUUUCUCUCAUCAUGGGAUACACAAAUUCCAUGGACACGUCCGGUAUUGGAACACCCAAGCACUGUAGGAUUAGACACCAGUGUGCACAACAUCUCAACCGAGCCACCACACAAAGAGCUGGAUCCCCUUGAUCCUCUCGCAUCUCUACUGGGGCCACCAACCGCCAAGUUCCGAGACAACUUGCGACCAGAUAUCCAAUAUCUAUCGUCGUGGCCAGAUUCUGGAUGGACGAACGACGUUAUUGCCUAUAUCAACUUCAUAUAUCUGGCACUGAUAACAGACCGUGUGCCCAUCGUUCCAGUUUUCACUCCUUCUCAUAUCGGUGGCAGUGUUCCACCAAUCGCGUUCGGAGACGUUUUUGAUGUACCUCGCCUUCGAAAACUUCUCGGAAAGCCGGUCUUGGAAUGGCGAGAAGUGAAAGAUGAAAAUAGCACGGAGGUGGAGGAACUUGGGUGUUGGUCUAUUUGGGAGACAGCUCAAAUGGGUGCCGAGAGUCCCCGUGGUAGUCGUGUUCCAGGGCUUCUGCAUCUAGACAUCUCUUAUACGAAAACUCCCGAAUGGAUUAGGCAUAAUCCAGGUGUUUCUCAUGAUCCUCACACGUUAUUCUGGUCCCUUGCCCGACUAUCAUUCCCUGAAUCUCGUCAGGAAAGCCUCGUACCACCUCAUCCUUCUCCACUACAUCAAGCUAGCCUUCCACCGGAUGAGCACAUGUUAUGCUAUGACUUUAUGUAUUACGUCGGGGUACAACAGUCUUGGGAAUUUGACAAAGACUACAGUCCCACCUGGCGGCAUGUUGCACAGUAUAUGCACUGGAACCCUCGAUUUGAAAAAUUAGCGGAUCAGUAUGUGAACAGAGCACUCGGGUUGAGUGAGAACGAACCUACGCCCCUGUACAUCGCGGUUCAUGUUCGGCACAAUGACUUCCAAGACUGGUGUUUUGAGGUUUCUCUCUACGAUUGUUUCGCCAAGCUACCUGUUAUCGAACGACGAGUCCAGGAAGUAAAGGAUGAGCUUUUCCAGAAAAGAGGAAUAUCUGUGAACCACGUCAUUAUGACCAGUGAUGAAAGAAACGAAACGUGGUGGAAUGAGGUUGCAGAACUGGGAUGGAAAUGGCCUGAUCAUUCGGAAACAAAGGCGAAAUACGGUGACUGGUACCCUCCCCUUAUCGACGCGACUAUCCAAUCUCGUGGUAUCGGUUUUGUCGGAACUGACAGGUCCACUAUGUCGGUCAUCGCCAAACGGAGAGUGGAAACCUGGUACAAAGGGGCAACGAGGCUAGUGCGAUGGGGCAGUCCAGCGGCAGACGACCAUUAAUCAAGGGGACUCGUUACCUUUCGUAACUUGUACUGGUUUCGCGUGAACUAAAAUUGUCGUUCUUUACGGGUUUAUUUGUGUUCAUCUAUAGGGAAUACUUUAGGGUAGCGGUUUUAUUCCAAAGGAAUAUUGUAAUACAUUCUUCACCUGA